AUGCGAGCAUCGCUCUUUCAGAGCCUCAGCAGGGCGUCAGCGUCGCCGCCGUCGGCCUACGCGCAUGCGUCACUUCCUUUCGCUCGGAGAGAGGAAGCCGAAGCAGCCGAAGCGCGGCUAAGGCCGCACGACGCAACGCAAAAUCGCGCGCGGCGAGCGCCGCCUGGCGCGAAGCCUCUUCCCACAGAAGACGAUGAGCAUUUUCACUCCCCAAGAGACUUCCCGACAUCUCCUCGGCUGCCGCUGCUGCUCACCGCUUCCUCAGUGGCGGAUAAUACCCCUUUGUCUGUCGCUGCCGCGCGACCCCUGCCUGCUUCGUGUUCGCUUCUGCGGCACUUUUUGCCGACGCAGGCGAGGAGGGGGGGGCGUCCGCCGUCGUCCGUCGACGGCGAAGGCGGAGGCCUCUGCGGCGCGAGAGACGCAGCGGCAAGCGAGAAAGAAUAUGCGCGACAAGCAGGCGGCGGGCUCGACUCCGCCGCGGACAGCGUCGCGACCGGCGUCUCGAGAUUUGGGCGAAAUGAAACGCUAAACCCGAGCCAAGGGCGACAGCAUGGAGGGAGCGAGAGCGACGCAAGACGAAGCAGAUAUGGGGAGAACGGCGCGCAGGUCAAGACGCUUCAGACGCGUACUCAGUUCCGCAGUGCCUCGAGGCGUCUGCCUUCUUCCAAGAGGGCGCCGCCUCUUCUGUCUGAACUCGACAGAGAAGGCAGACGCGAAAAAGUGGCGACAGGGACAGCGCCAGACGUGUGCCGAGACGACGCGCACCCAGCGCGCGCAGAAAGCGUCUCAUACCCGUCUCAGGCUAGCGAAGCAGGACGUGCCAAGACCCGAAUGAAGGCCGAAGAGCUGCCUCCCUUGUCGGGGCGAAGAGAGCGAGAAGCUGCGCCCGCAGACGGCCGCGAAGCACGCAGCGAGCCAGAUGAACGCAGGCGUCCUGAGGCGCGCAGCCAGUCACCGGCAGCGCCGAAGACCGACGCGAGGCGAGUCGCGGCUUCGUUUCUGCCUCGCGUGGCGCUUCUCGGCGCCGCAAAGAGUCUCCAGAUGAGAGAAAGGAGAGAGAUAGAACGCGCAGAGAAAGGAGACGCGCCUGUGUUGCUGGAAAACUUUGAAAGCCUCGCGACGCACGCGAGUCUGGCGCGCCGCCGGCUGGCUGGUUCCCCAAUCCCAGACACCCAGCGCGCUCUCAACAGGCGAGGCCUCGUCUCGUCUGCCGCCUCUCCCGCGCCCCCGUCCGCCUGCCUCGCUUCUUCUUCCUCGAGGCGGGCGCUGCCCGCUUUGGCUGGUCUUGCUGCGCGGAGGAGAGCGGCGGUGCGGCCGCGGUGCUUUUCGUCCUCACUACGCGAUGUUCCCUCGCGAGCGGCGGCUUCAGUUUGCGCUUCCUCGCUUCCUUCUGCCGCUGCGUCGUCUUCGGCUUCCACGCGCUCGUCCUCGCAUGUGCGUGGCUCCGCGCGUCGUUUUGUCUCGUCGUCGUCGUGCCGCGGCGCCGUGUCAAUCGGCGCUGCUUCCCCGCAUCCAGCGGCUGGUGAGCCGCGCCUCCGCCUCGAUCGAGAGGCUGCUUCGAAGAGGGACAGCAGGCGCCUGCGACCCGUGGUGCCGCUCAGCGCCCGCGCUGCGGUCACGCAACGCACGGCUGGGGGGGGGGAGGCCGCCGUGCUUGCCAGCGCCCCUAAAGACCGGCAGGCGGCGGCCGCAGGCGCACGCAGCCAGGCGCUCCAGAGAGCCGAGGAAAAGGCGUCGCCAGAGGCGGAAAAAGAAGGCGAUUUUUCGUUCUUCUCCUACUUCACUCGCGGGCGCGAGUGCCCGCCCGCCGAUGGCCUGCCGUCGCGGGAGGCACCGCGAGACACUCACGCAGACGAGGCCGGCAGCGAACAGGAAGACAGGUGGAGAGACUCGACAGUCUCAACCGCCGACGAGGCGAAGCCGUUUGACUCGCGGCGCGACCCGAGGCGCCGAGAGCCUGUUGUGACUUCUGCAUCUUCCCCUGUCGCUCUUGUCCCCCCCAGGAGCGCUGAGGGCGACGCGCGAGACGCGAAGCGAGACGCAGGCCAGAGGGGGGAAGGAAAGCGCCGCGCACGCGACUCACGCCAGACGAACGGAGACGGCGCGCACGGGUUCCCGCCUCUCUCGCGGGAGGGAGAUAGCGGCGGAGGCGCGGCAGACCGGCAACCGCGCGAACGCCCCCCUCGCGCCGGGCGCGGAACUGCGCGCGAAACGGCUGAGGCCGCGGCGCGCAUCGGGGAGCAACCUGCAGGCAGGGGAGUCGCGGCCACCGAGGCUGAAGGAGAUGAGAACGACGCGAAGAAGCGAGAGCUGGAAAAGCCGCCGCAAAGCACCCCUCGCUUCGGCGAGCAGCAGUCCGCGAUGCUGGAGCGACAGGCGACGCUCGGGCGGGAAGAAGAGACAGAAGAAGAGAAGGCGAGGCAAGGCGCAGAACACUGCGGUGGGGGGUGGCGUCCUCCGUCAGCAGUCCCCGGCCUCUACCCGUCGCAGCCCUCACAUGCUGCGCAGGAGACAGGCAAACGGGGAUCCUCAGAGACGCCGCCCAGCGCUGCAGCUCGUCCGCGCUACUCCGCACGCAUUCCGCGCUCCAUUCGGUCUCUGGUGGCUGAGAGGGAGCUUGGCGCACGGAGCCUCAAGAAGCUGACGAGCGCUACGUUCUCCGCUGCUUCCAGCAGUUCGGCUGGACCCGCCCACGCGGCAGCGGACGACUCGGCCGAGGGCACCCGAGCGGCGCCCCUUGAGCAUUUUGGAGGCGACACGCGCGCUGAAGACCCCCGAUGGCCAGGCGGACUGGGGGAGUCGCGUGCCGAGGCUCGCGCGCAGAAGAAGAGACGCAGAUCGCCUUGUCGGCGAGGGCGCGACACGGACGGCGCGCGCGGCGGCAGCUCGCUUGCGUUUGCGGCGCCCGUCGCUUCGGCGUCGUCCGCAGCGACCCCUGCCCCCCCGCCGCAAGGCGACUCCGAGAACGGCAGGCCGCGAAUCGCGGUUGAGAGCAAACAGAAACAGGAGGAGACCAAAGGAAGGCGCGGCGAAACGCGAGAGGAGGUAGGCAACCGCAAGGAGGCGAAGACGCGGGCGCCGACGAACUCUCGGGUCUCUCUCUCGCACGCGGGGACGAGACCGGAGGCGGAGGUCUCCCAUAGCCACAAGGUGACCUCGAGCACCGCCCAUGCCCGCGCGCCUCCGCUGCCGCCUCAGACUUGCGCGCGUCCUUCGCCUCGCCAAGCAGGAGGGGUGCAGACCGCGGGAAGAGACAGUCACUCAAGUCUUCGUGUGGCUGGCGAGGAGACGCGAUCCGGAGACACCCGACGCCGCGAAAGCUCGUUGACGUCGGCGCCGCUGCAUGCGCGUCGGCGCUCAAGUUGCGGGUCCUCGGCGUCCUCGGGCUCUGCCGCGGCUGCCGCGCGAGGCUCGCGGCCUUGCGCGCCCGGGGGAUUGCCGCCGCUGCCGUCGCGAGGCCGUCGCGCCUCGCAGCAGCGCGCACCUCCGGCGGCGGAUCGCCGAGCCUCGGCCUCAGUCGCCUCUUCUUCGCCGCAGCCGUUCGCGGCCUCUUCGCAGGACCGAAGCGCCUCCUUGAGCGGAGCUCUGGCCUCCGCAGCGGGCUCGCUACCGCACAACGUUUCGUACUUUGAGUGGCUGGCGCACAGCCGCUUUGAGGCGAGCUCCUCCCGCGGCGCAGCGGCUGCCAAGGCCCGCGAGGACACCACUGAAGGAUCAGAACCCGGAGGUCUUUCGACUGGGAGCGACGCCGAGCGUGGCGUGCGCCCGGGAGCGUCGGUCCUGCGCGGAGGCGACGCGGGCAGGCGCGGCGAUGGCGCGCAUGCAUCCGCGGACAGCAGAGAAGGCGCGCGAGAAGGCACUGAAGACGGCGAAGACGCACUAGGGGAGAAGGAGAUUGAAGAUGACGGCGUCUGCGAGAGCGCCGAUCGCGCUGGGGGGCGGACAGAGCCGCGCAUUGAGGAUUUCUGCGCGGACAGCGAAGUGCCUAUCGGCUGCGGCAGGACUGGGACAGUCCACCGCGCCCGCUGCAUCGGUGGACCGCUGCUGCAGCGCCUGCUCGCCUUCCGCUACGGCGGCGCAGUAGACGAGUCUGCGAUUUCUUCUCCCUCUCCCGACGCGCUCGGUGAACAAACGGAGUGCAUCUGCGAGGGCGACGAUGCUGCGGGCGAUCGCGCGAACCGCGGAUGCGGCGCGGGCACCAGAGAGGCACCCACAGAGGGCGCGUCAAGUCGCGAUGCUGUCGCGGCGAUCAAAGUCCUCUCCAAGGCGACGAUAAGUCAGAUGCGAAUUCGAGACCAGAUCAAGAAAGAGAGAGACAUCCACCUGAGGCUCGAACAUCCGAACAUCGUUCGGUUUUUUAGCAGCUUCGAGGAUCGCCAGAAACUCUACUUUGUGUUGGAGCUCGCCAACGGAGGAACGCUUCGCGACCGGCUGAACCGCUGUCGCCGCAUGUCAGAGCCAGAGGCCGCUCACCUGAUUUUCCAGCUCGUGGACGCGCUCUGCUACUUGCACGCCCGAGGCAUUGUACACCGAGACCUGAAGCCGGAAAACCUUUUGCUGCACUUCGAGGUCGAGGAGCGGAAGGCAGGCGACCUCGAGCGCCGCCCCCUCCGCGCGUCUGUGGAAGGCGGCGGCGCUGGCGAGUCGCUCCUGCGUGACCCCCUGCGGAGCUCGCCGGUGCGCCGCUCGCGGUCUCUCUAUCGCUUUGGCCAGCUGAAAAUCGCCGACUUCGGCUUCGCCUGCUACUGCACGUCGCCGCCGCCAAGUCGCGAGCAAAGUUUCAUCGAUCGCCGCCCCUCCGCGGCUCUCUCCCCGACCGCGUCUUCCUUCCUCGCCGGACUCUCUACAACGCACAAGCGCACGACGUUCUGUGGAACCGCCACAUAUUUGGCGCCCGAAAUCGUGAGGAAGGAGCCCUACGACAGAAAAGUCGACCUCUGGUGUCUCGGCGUCUGUCUGUACGAGCUGCUCAUGGGGCGACCGCCCUUCGUCGGAGACUCGAAAGAAGCGCUCUUCAGUCAGAUUUGCGACGUGACAGAUCUGCCCUUCGCCCGUGACAUAUCCGCCGAGGGCCGAGCGCUCAUUUGUCGUCUCUGCAGCAAACAACCCGAGGCGCGUCCCGGUGCGGAGGAAGUCCUGGACGACCCGUGGUUCCUUCGUUACCUUGGCGAAGAGGCGCAUACGAAGCCGGAGCGACGAGAGGCCUUCUGA